AUGAGCGACUCCUUCAAACCCAACCUCGUCGGCUCGGAUGGCACCAAGGCCGGUGGUACCCCUCUGUCGACAUCCCAGUCCGGCCAGCCCGCUGGGCCUGAACCUCAGUCCGCGAACGCGCCCUCGACUAUCAAGAAAGAACCUACUUCCGUUGACGCUUCUUCCUUCCCCGUGGGAACUUCGACCUCCGCCGAGUCUUCCUCGAGCGAAGAAAAGCCGCUCCUCGUGGCAGCCGAUGUGACUACCCUGGCUCAGUUCGCGCUCCUGAGGGCCACCUAUAAAGAGAUCGAAGCUGCCAAGCGGGCCGCUCAUGCUAAAGAAGCGGCGGAAAGGGAGGCCCGCAUGGCUCAGCCCGGAUGGACCAGGAAGGAUGAAGCCAGGUUCGGGAUACGCCAAGGCGAGAGGGAGUCCAGCAAGCUGUUCUCAAAGCUUUGGGCAUUGGGGCUUCCCCAACCAGAGCCUCUUCAGUGGGCCCUGCUUGAGCUGUCCGCCGACUUCAAGAGCGCCCACGCCGGCGAUAACCAGCUGGCCAAGUUCAAGGUCGCCAAAGGGCGCGAGUGGUUUGACGACCAUCGUGACCUCAUCACUCGUAUCGAGGUUUACAUUCUCAUGCGCUUCGGUGCAUCGAAGAAGGUCAACGAGGACGGCAUUGCGUCGUACAUGUCGAUCGAGUCCGUUCACAACCUCUGGAUCAUGUGUCGUCACCUUCGCAUCAUGUUGAAGUACAAGCUCAAGGAGCGCAAGUCUCUCACACUCCCUGGUAUCAGUGACAUCCCCUUCUGGUCAGACUUCUGGUACCGCUUCCCUAAGUCUCUCCGCGAUCUCUGCCAGUUCGACCUUAGCUCGAACGUCAGCGGUGGCGAGAGUAGCACUGCAAACGUCGACGAUGGCGCCCUCGUGAUGACUGUCGGUCUCGGCGCGCCGUUCCUGCGCUGGGAGCCGGACAAGAGCAGCCCGGAGCCCUCACACGCAGACGUAUUCGAGGCUCUUGCAGCCGCUGAGGAUGCCUAG